AUGGCCGCUGCAGAAGUCAUUAGUCACGUUGCUGGACAUGCAUCCCAGCUUGCAGAGGACGAAAGCAACGAUUUGCUCCUCCUUGUGGAGCACACACCCACGUACACAAACGGUCGGAGGAAUCGCGGUGCACAGGCUAUUAGUCAUAAAGAAGCAGUGCGGUUACAGAAUUUGGGUGCAACCUAUGUGGAGUCGCUGCGCGGAGGCGAAAUAACGUUUCAUGGCCCUGGUCAAUUGGUGGCGUAUCCGAUCUUGGAUCUUAAACCAAUUCAGCUAAGUGUGCGGUGUUACGUGUCACAUUUAGAGAAAGCUAUCAUUGCGACGUGCGCCGAAUGGGGUGUCCAGGCCAUCACAACUGAGAAUACAGGAGUGUGGAUCAGCGAUCAGAAGAAGAUUGCUGCCAUUGGCGUUCAUGUUCAGCGGUACAUCACCUCGCAUGGAUUAGCGCUCAAUUGCAACACGAAUCUCGACUUUUUCCAGCAAAUCGUUGCCUGCGGGCUGGUCGGCAAGGAAACAACUUCAUUAUCACAGGAGCUCAACGAUCCUUCCAUUAGUGUCCAAAGAGUCAUCCCUACUUUUCUCAAGGGCUUCGGAUCCACUUUCAAUCGCGCGCUCGUACCUUUGUCGGAGACGAACCCAGAGCUUGAGAGCAUGAUUCGGGAGUAUGUAAAUACUGGCGAGGUCGCCCCCAUUGAUCAUCAUCGCCUAGAUAGUUUAUGGUGA